CCCGCGGCGGAUUAUGAGGGAGCCAUGAGGCCGCUGCGGGGCUGGCUGCUCGCCGCGCUCCUCUCGCUGGCGCCUCGGGCAGGUCCCGCCGCAGCGGCCGGCGCUCCGCAGCGGAGGUUCCCGCGGGCCGCAUGGCAGGACGGGCGGUUUGUGUCCCAGAUCACCCUCCCCAGCAGGUUAGUGGGGCAGAGCUCGGGCGGCGAAGUCCAGGAGCAUCAGCUGGACACCAGGGUCAGGACACCUAGAGCAGGAGACCCGGCGGCGGCGCACGUGGCGCGGGUGAGCUUCCUGGUGCGCGCCUUCGGCUCGGCCUUCGCCCUGGACCUGGAGCUGAACCACCACCUCCUGGCCUCGCGCUACGUGGAGCGGCACGGCGGCGCCGGCAACGGCAGCACGGGCGCCGGCGAGCACUGCUACUACCAGGGCACGGUGCGCGGGCGGCCGCGCUCCUUCGCGGCGCUCUCCAGCUGCCGGGGGCUGCACGGCGUCUUCUCGGACGGCAGGGCCACCUACCUGAUCGAGCCCCGCGCCGGCGCCCGCCGCGGCCGCGGCCUCCGACCGCACGUGAUCCGACGGGCGCCGCGGCGCGGCGGCGGCCGCUCCGAGCCAGGCUGCCUCCCGGGCGCCCUCGACCGCGCCGGCGGUUCCCCCAAGCGGCGGCGGCGGCGGCAGGUGCGGCGAGCCCAGCACACGGUGCACGGCGAGACCAAGUACAUCGAGCUGGCGGUGGUGAACGACCAUCAGCUGUUCCUGCAGCUCCGCAAGUCCGUGGUGCUCACCAGCAACUUCGCCAAGUCCGUGGUGAACCUGGCUGACAUGCUCUACAAGGAGCAGCUCAACACGCGCAUCGUCCUGGUGGCCAUGGAGACGUGGGCCGGCGGCGACAAGAUCCCCGUGGCGGAGGACUCGCUGGAGACGCUCGCCGCCUUCAUGAAGCACCGCGAGGAGGCCGCGCCGGAGCCCAGCGACGCCGCGCACCUCUUCUCCGGACGGACGUUUCGGAGCAGCCGCAGCGGCGCCGCUUUCGUGGGGGGGAUCUGCUCGGCGGCCCGCGGCGGCGGAGUCAACGAGUAUGGCAACGUGGCCGCCAUGGCGGUGACGCUGGCGCAGACGCUGGGCCAGAACGUGGGCAUGAUGUGGAACAAGCACCGCAGCUCGGCAGGCGACUGCCGCUGUCCCGACUCCUGGCUCGGCUGCAUCAUGGAGGACACGGGCUACUACCUGCCGCGCAAGUUCUCCCGCUGCAGCGUGGACGAGUACAACCAGUUCCUGCAGGAUGGCGGCGGCAGCUGCCUCUUCAACAAGCCCCUGAAGUUGUUGGACCCGCCGGAGUGCGGCAACGGCUUCGUGGAGGCGGGCGAGGAGUGCGACUGCGGCUCGCUGGCGGAGUGCGCCAGGAGCGGCGGCAGCUGCUGCAAGAAGUGCACGCUGACGCACGACGCCAUGUGCAGCGACGGGCUGUGCUGCAAAGGCUGCAAGUACGAGCCGCGCGGCGUGUCCUGCCGGGAGGCCGUGAACGAGUGCGACAUCCCCGAGACCUGCACCGGCGACUCCAGCCAGUGUCCCCCCAACCUCCACAAGCUGGACGGCUACUUCUGCGAGAACGAGCAGGGCCGAUGCUACGGCGGCCGCUGCAAAACCCGAGACCGGCAGUGCGACGCGCUGUGGGGCCGCGGCUCGGCAGAGCGGUUCUGCUAUGAGAAGCUCAACGUGGAAGGGACCGAGAGGGGCAACUGCGGGCGCGAGGGCGCCGGCUGGCUGCAGUGCAACAAGCAGGACGUCCUGUGCGGCUUCCUCCUCUGCUCCAACAUCACCGGGCCGCCGCGGCUGGGCGAGCUCAGCGGCGAGAUCGCCGCCACGACCUUCUUCCACCAAAACCGCUACGUGGACUGCAGGGGCGGCCACGUGCAGCUCGUGGACGGCUCGGACCUGAGCUACGUGGAGGACGGCACGCCGUGCGGGCCCGGCAUGCUCUGUCUCGACCACAAAUGCCUUCCAGCGACGGCCUUUAACUUCAGCUCCUGCCCCGGCACCUGGGACGGGAAGGUCUGCUUCGACCACGGGGUCUGCAGCAACGAGGGCAAAUGCAUCUGCCAGCCCGAGUGGACGGGCAAGGACUGCAGCGUGUACGACCCGGCGCCCGAGCCGAAGCCCACGGGCGAGACGGAGCGCUACAAGGGUCCCAGCGGCACCAAUAUCAUCAUUGGCUCCAUAGCUGGGGCCGUGCUGGUGGCUGCCAUAGUCCUAGGAGGGACCGGCUGGGGAUUUAAGAAUAUCCGGAGAGGAAGGUACGACCCGGCUCAGCAGGGCGUGUAGCCGCCCCCCCCUUCCCCGUCCGCCGUCCGCCUCCAUCCUCCCCCUGUCGUCUCCAUCACCGCUGCCGGCCGGGGGGGGCCAGGCCG